AUGCUUGCUAGUAAUAAUAAUACUUACCUCUAUGAUACUGCAGCUGCUUGCGAUAGUAAUGCAUCCAGAGAAUUGUGCUCGGUCCGCUUCGGUGGGCUCUUCGAUGAACGCAGCUCAUCGACUUGGGAGCCUUACCAAAACCUUACGGCCCCCGGUCUCUACGGGUUUAGCGAUACUGAUAAAAGUGCCCACGACAGUUCGGGUACUGACAUCUUCAAACUGAGUGAUAUCUUGAAUCUCAACACGUUCCCAGUUGGAAUAGACCGAGGGGAUGGCGAAAUCUCGAAUGGCAAGGGCCUACAUCCCCUUGGUGUGGGAAUCAAUUCCACCAUUAUGAAUGCGUUAGAGCAUGCGAGCGCUAUUACAUCAAAAACUUGGUCUUUGUUCCUAGGCUGGGCCGGUGCGGAGACCGACCAACAAACCGAAGGUAGCUUAGUUUUUGGUGGCUACGAUAAGGCGAAAUUCACAGGUCCCAACGUGACUACUUCGAUGCAAUCCGCACCAAACUGCCAGCAAGGUCUAGUAAUGACUAUCACGGAUAUCAAGAUGAACUUGAAGAAUGGUUCGUCUCCAAGCAUUCUGGGCACCUCCCAGGGAUCAGCUUUGAAGGCUUGUAUAGAGCCUGCUGCAACAUAUAUGUCUUUACCUGAGGAUGUAUGGUCCAGCUUCCUCAACGUGUCUGGUUCCACUUAUGUCGAUCGAUCCUAUUCAUUACUGAAUUUCUACAGCAUGCUCAUUACGGCUACAGGAGCUUACGGCCAGCAGUACGUCAAGAACUCGACAAAUCGCGAAGUCUUAAUCCUCAGCCUCCAAGGCGUUAAUCAAAACGACAUACCUCGUUUCGGCAAGCCGUUUCUUAGCUCCGCCUACGUCCUAGCCGACAAUGAUCGUCAAGAAUUUACGCUCUGGCAAGCACAGCCAAACGCGACGCAGGAUUUAGUUGCUCUUGGUCCCCAAAAGUGCAACGACAGCCCAAUUGUCAUCCCCAGUGCAACUCCUUCUCAUGGUACGACAUCUUUACAUCGUACGCCGAAAGGGACGAUUGGUGGGGCUGUCAUAGGCGGCUUGGUAGGUCUUGCCCUCAUGACGGCGGCCCUGGGUUUCCUUGUAAGAAGGCGACGCAAUAAAAGAUGCCUUUUGGAGCGAGUUUCCAAGAUACAUGGAGUAGCGAAGGCUCAAGCCGGUGAGCGAGAGAAGGGCUCCAUGUUUGAAAAGCCGGAGCUGUCGACCGAUCAUCAUCCACCAUUAGAGAUGCCCACCGUAAAGGAUCCAGCUUAUGAUUUAUCGCCUUACGAAAUGCCGGCUUCGCCACGCGAGAGCCAACUAACGGUGAAUUAUAAGAGGUUAACACAAAGAAUAUUUUAA